CUGAAACCUAUUUUGCUUGCGCCUGUGGCAGUAUUAGUACUUGAAUAAACAAGAAAACCCUUUCUCUCUUCUCCCUCUUUAUAUCAUCUUUUGCUUUUCUUUCUCUUCCGUUUUUUCGCUCUCAUUCCUCAACACACGAGUUAGGAUGCUGUGAAAUUCUUUCUCAUGCCGAUUCUUUCACAGCUCACAAAUUAAUUUCACCUCCAAAAUUAACCGCAGAAGGCACGUUGGUGACUGAGAGAGAAAGAGAAAGAAGAUCGGAAAAGAUGACGUCAUCGUCAAAUUCGCCGUGUGCGGCGUGCAAGUCUCUACGGCGAAAAUGCACUCGAGAGUGCGUGUUCGCACCGUAUUUUCCACCGGACAAUCCUCAAAGGUUCACAUACGUUCACAAAGUUUUCGGUGCGAGCAAUGUAACGAAGCUGCUCAACGAGCUUGACGCGACUCAGCGUGACGACGCCGUGAAGUCGUUGGCAUAUGAGGCCGAGGCUCGGUUUAGGGAUCCUGUUUACGGUUGCGUUGGUCUUAUCUCUCUUCUUCAACAUAAGCUAAGACAAAUCCAAGGUGAACUUAACAAUGCUAAAAAGGAACUUGCAACUUAUAUUGGUCCUCAAGCACUUCAGGGUGUUCCCACAACCAUUCUUCAACAACAACAUCCUAAUAACCAUUUUGGUAACUCUCUUUACCCUUAUAAUAAUGGGAAUGUUCUGACUACUGUUACUGCGGCUACACAGAUGGUGAUUAGUGACCUUCAACCACCACCGUCUCAACAUCCAAUCUUGGAAGCUCAGCAAUUAGCUGCUGCUGUUGUUGCAAGAGAGCAACAAGAGAUGUUUAGAAGUUUCGAACAUCAACAACAGCAGCAAGAGUUUUUGAGGUUCAGUGGUGGACUUGAUGUGGAUUCUGUUUCUUCUGGUGGUGAUUUCAACCAUGUGUCCCCUGUUGUUGUUGCUUCUACGGAUCAAUUGUCUCCUUCUUUGGCGUUGGGAUCUUUCGAUAAUACUUAUCACCACAUGCAACAACCUCAACAAGGACAUGGAGAACCACAUCAUCAACAUCUUACACUUCAGGCACAGCUUCUUCUUCCACCUCAGCAGAAGCAAGUGCAGACACAAACGCAACAUUCAUCUCUCACACAUCACCAACAACAGACGGAAAGCGAGGAGUGUAGGAGUGUUGGUCCUUCUUGUUGAAUUUCAAAUUUUGCAACUCUUGCCACUUCCUGCUUUCUCGUCGAACAGUUUUCAACUUAGGUCCUUGUUAACAGUUUUUACCUACUGGAUACAAAUCGAUAUAGAGAAAGAGAAGAGAGGAGUAAAGCAUAUAUGUGAGGUUCAUUUAUCUCCACAGUUUUGCUUGGCUUUGAAGGAGACUCCAAAGGCACAAUUGAAAGAGUAAGCUGAUCAUGACUGAUCUUGGAGACUUUCUUAAAUGAUUCUAAAGCCGUAGUUACGUUUUAAUUAAUUCCCUUUUUUUAUGUUAAAAACUAAAUUGUAAUUUGUAAAUCAGAAUUCAGAAAGCUUUUAAAGGCUUUAAUUAUUUAUUAGCCCCAUCCCAUAUUUUUUGUUUUUUUUAUUUAUGAUAAUUCCAUCUCAUUUGCCAAAUA